AUGGCAGACGAUCACACGGACGCAGAUCAGAGCAUGGAGGGGCACACACCUGCUGCGGAGAACCCCCACGCAGAAUAUGGCCUCACAGAAAAUAUACAGAGGAUAGUGGAAAAUGAGAAAGCCAGCGCAGAAAAAGUCACCAAACAGAAGAUGGACUUGCAGACUCUACAGACUCUACCGACACGAGCGUACUUGGAUCAGACGGUCGUGCCAAUACUUCUCCAAGGGUUAUCCGUGCUCGCGAAGGAAAGACCACCAAAUCCAAUCGAGUUUUUAGCGACGUUCCUUCUGAAAAAUAAGUCACAGUUUGAGGACCGAAAUUAAGCGCCUGACCGAAGAAGUGGAGCUCAUUGGCUGUUGAUUAUUUUUUUGUGUGUGUGUAUGUGCAUGUGUGUGUGUGUGUGUGUUUGUUUUGU